AUGACCUCUUCGCCGAGUGAUGGAGACCCUCUUCAGUCGCCCGAGAACCUGUUCUCGCCCUCGAUCCCAACCCUCGAGGUUCACAAGACAAGACCACCCGCGAGAAAUGAAUCACCCGAGACAUCCACCACCAGUCUCCCUAUCCGUACUUCGAGCCCUCCCGCCUUAGGUUCCCGAACCAGCACUCUUUCUAGCGUCCUAUCCCGCUCUAGCUCUCCCAACGGAAGGUUGUCCUUAUCAUUAUCGAGGUUUGGGAGGUCGCGAGCCAACAGCCCUUUGGGCAAUCCCUCAGAGUCAUAUGAUGACACCAGAUCUUUAAUCGUCCGGGCAUUUUCUCCAACUGUUGCAAUCUACGCAUCGCUGGAAGUAGACGAACUCGCCGCUCGCAAAGGGUUGAAAAAUGGCUUUGUCGGACUGGUUCGCCCGUUCGGCGACAAGGUCAAUGGGAAAGUGGUGGUGAGAGAUAGCACAGGAGCGAGCCGUGCAUGGGAAGAUUUUGGUGUUCAUUUUGCAGACCUCGGGCAGUUAGUUAGGGACGGCACAUCCUCACACCCCAUGUCCAACUCCACAGAAAAGUUGGAAGAGUUGAUGGAACAUUUCGUGGGAGACGGCUUUGACGAGACGGAAGAUAUCCUGGGGCGGGGGGAGACUUCUCCCUUCUAUCGCCUGUUUCUGGCCCGGCUUAUGUCCUCUCAAACCAUGAGCCCGCAUGAGUCGUUUCGACAUCCAGCGGGCGCCGUCAUUGCUAUCAGUUCUUCCACGAAACAACCUAUCGAAACCUUACGCACACUCUAUCAACAAACCGCAUCGGGUUCGCGGGCUCUACCUGCCUAUGCCCAUCCGGAAUACCUCAGAUAUUAUGUGCUUGUCCACGAUGAGGACCGGGAUGACUUUAGCAAGUCAUCUGCACUGUUUGAUCAGAUGAAGCGACAUUUUGGCCUUCAUUGCCAUCUUCUCCGGCUGAGGUCUGCGUCCUGCACACAAAGCGACGAUGACACCGAAGAACUACCCAGCAGCGAAUGGCUUUCGCCAACUGAACAACUUUCACUCCUGCAGGACACUGCGGAUCUCAUUGAACUCAACACAUCUACAUCUCCCUACAUCUUCUCCUCGGACGCCGCUGCCCUGCGCGCAUUUGUCCGCGAGCUUAUUGCACAAUCCAUAGUCUACCAUAUGGAGCAAAGAAUUGCUUUGUGGAACGAGCAGAUUGCCUCACGUCGUCGGGGUAUCUCCGGCAGGUUCAUGUCUCUUUCGAAGCGAUGGACCGGAAUUGGAAGCUCUUCUCGAAGCUCAUCCUCCACCACCAACGUUGGAGGAAGCGGCAAUUACGACAGCCUGCAGGGGACGUACCGUUAUGAUGUCCCCGAGAGUCUGUUGCGGAAGCUUGCCGACUAUGCAUUCAUGUUACGAGAUUACAAGCUGGCGGCAUCAACCUACGAGCUGCUUCGGAGUGACUAUUCAAACGAUAAAGCCUGGAAGCAUUUGGCCGGAGCGAACGAAAUGUGCUGUGCCGCUACUCUCCUGAAUCCUCUCACGAGCAGUGGCAGUUCCAAAUUCAAGAUUGAAAACUUCGACAACAUGCUCGAGACAGCGAGCUAUUCAUACUUGACCCGGUGUUCUGAGCCUGCCCUUGCAUUGCGCUCUAUCUUGCUCGGAGUCGAGCUUUUAAAGGUUCGAGGCCGAGCAGCCGGCGAAUUGGCGGCAAAGUGGGCGAUCCGCAGCCUCGAGCUAGGUCUGGUCGGUAGUAUCGGACACGUUUUGGUCAGUGAGCGAGUUGCAUCUUCUUUUGCGGACCGGAUCGGUAUCGGCAAUACGAGUUGGGGUAUGCGCAAAAGAAAAGCCGCGCUAUGGAGUAUUAUGGCUGCAGACGAAUGGAUGAAACUCGGCCGAGCAGAAAUCGCUGCGGAGAGGCUUGAUGAGGCACAAGAACUCUACAGUGAAACCAAGAAUAGUGGAUCACAUAAGCAGUUCCACGAGUUGGCCGAAUACCUGGAACAACUGCGACUGGCAGUGAGGAUGAAGUUGGGAGAAGCAAGGAAGAGAGGCUUUAGUGGAGCGACAAGACAGAUUGAACUGGAGGGCCCGGUGGACGUCCAAGCUGACGUGGAAGACGAAACGGUGGAAGAGAUGAACCCUCUGGAAAAGGUCGACAGUAAGGGGCACAGAAGAAAUUUCUUAGGAAGCAGCGCCGGAGCAGGAACGAGUCUGCUGGAGCCUGUGACGCCGUUGAGUCCAGCCCGGCUGAACAGAGCCGACACAUAUCGACCAGACGACGACUUUGAAUGA